AUGGAAAUCUCUCGACGCUUUUUUGAAAUACUCAAGUCCACUAAUUACCAUGUUGGGCACUUACCCAGAGAGUUAUUCGCAAACGAAGAACAGCUUCCCGAGUUAUUACCUAUUUUCACGAUUUUUAUCAAUAGUGUCACACUAAAAUCAAAUUGUUUGACACCUAAGGAAUUGGCGCUUUACACUACAAUAUCUUCAAAGCAUGAUCAUUUUUCUUCUCUAGAAAAAGUAUCAAAAGCCAUUGAUCAAUUUUAUGAUGAAACUACUAAAGACGGAAUAGUAUGCUCUUCUGAUCUGGAAACAUUAGAAAGAAAAAUUUUAAAAUCUGAACAAGAAUUAAAUGAUUUAAAAGCACAUGGAACAUUAUACGAAAAAAAGAUACAUUUGAUGGAUGAUGAAAUUGCAUUGCUCAAACAAAAAGAGAAUAUUAUCAGCUUAUCUUGUUUCAAAACUGAAAAUAAUUUGGAUGCAGUUGUAAAAAAAUUUACAGAAGAAGUUGAUACACUUGGUACUAAUGUUAAUAAACUUCAUUAUCAUGUCACCAACAGUAUGACAAAUGAUAACGAAUGUUUAACAAAACUGGCAUCAAAUAACUUAAUUAAUUUGACUGAUUUAUGGCGCCAACAGAUUUUUAAAAUGAUUGACGUAUGGUUUAAAGAGGAAAAUAUUUCAUCAGUAAUAAAUGAUACAUUUUCUACAAAAAUCCAUACUCUAAGUCAACUCUCACAAAGUUGUAUAGCCUUACGGAUGGCUGGAAUGAAAAAAAAAAGUGAGAUAUCAAAAUUAAAUUUAGCAGUGAAUAAUGUAUUCAAUAUUAAAAAUUAUUUUAACGAGGAUGAGGAGAAUCUACAUUCAAACAAUCAAGAUAUUAUAACUUACAUUGACAAGCACAUAAAAGAUCGAGAAAUACUCAUGGAAAUUAAUCAACAUUCACAAUCUACUGAAUAUGACAAUAUACAAUCUCAUAUAUCGGAAACAGUGAUAGCAGACGCGACACAUAAACUAUCAGAAUUGGAAACAAUUAAUGACCGUAUAACAUUUAUACAAGAUUCUAUUGAACACUACAUCAUGAUGUGUGAUGUGUUGUGGUGCCUGAUGAGAACAGGUUGUUCUAUGGCAAACUUAAAAUGCGAAUUAGUGUUAUAUUGUAUCAAUACUCUCGAAAAAACUUUUGAUGACAUUACAUUUGGAACUAAAUGGGACUUGAAUCACAAAGGCACCGAAGAACCAAAAAUACGUCAAAACUACACACCCACUGAAAGCGAAUUUGUAAAAUUUGAUGGAUAUAAACGUUAUUCCAGCAUUUAUACUAACAGUGAUGAAAUUGAAAAAUUAUCAAAAAUGGUACAACAAUGGAAAAGUAAAUAUCAUUAUAGCAGAGAUGAAUGUAACCAGCUUGCCACUAUACAACAACAAUUACAAAUGUAUUGUGACACAGUUAAUAGUUUAACUUUAAAGUACUCAAACACAAUGUAA